CUCUCCUGUGCGGGGUCCGGGAGAGCUCUUUCCCCAGGGGUGGUCGGUUGCUGCCUGAGGAAAUCCCAGAAGAGGUAACAGGAGCAAAGUGGGGGGCAAAGCCAGCUUGGCAGUGAAAUUGCACCCCUGAGGUUGCUUCUGUGGUGUUUGAAGACGUGGAGCACCACCCGUUCCAUAGCAGUGAUCUUACAAGUGCAAGGUCACUGCUUCGUCGUCUUCACUCCCGGACCAGGCCUGUCCCUGGCGUCGGCAGGCCCAGACGCCCCAUGUUUAAUUAUUUGAAGGAUUGAAUUCAAGCAUUCCUGUCGGCCCUCAGAAAGCUCACAGGCUCUGGGCACCAUCUCUCCAGAACUCCGGGGGACAGCUGUGCAAAUAGGAAGGAAGAAAUAAUAAGGAUCAGGAGUUCUUGAGCUGCAUCUGAUUGGAGCGUUUCUCGGACAUUCCCAGCACCUCCUUGCGUGAUGUCCUCUCCCAGAGAAACUCAGUCCCAGAAGACGAAGCUGUCCAUUUCCACGCACAAGGGGCUGCUGGAGGUGCUGUCCUCGGCAGAGAAGGACUGGCCCAAGGACGCGGAAGAGGAUCACGUCCUCAAGGACCCAGAUCAGGAGCUGGACACUCUGCCUCAGCCUUAUCGAAUGAUCAACAAGCUGGUGAACCUCCUAUUUGAGCGGUCGUGGAAAAUUAUUGAGGAGAGGGACGCAUUGAAGGCGGUGGAGCCUAGCCAGGUCCUGCCCACCCUCUACUCACCCCUCCUGGAGAGCAAGCUCAACAAAAUGCCAACUUGUAUGGCUAUUUCCCGAGACUACGUGUUCGUUGGCGGAGCCGGCGGAUUCUCCAUCUAUAACUUGUACACUGCCAGGCGCGCAUUCGCUUGGGAGAAGCUUAAGGUUGCCGUCACUUCCCUCUGCGUCUUGGAUUUGGGGAACGAGAUGCUUAUUGCUCCUGUAGAUGAAAUGGGUGUCGUUAGACUGCUUUACUUUUUAAAGGAUGGCCUUUUCUUCAUCAAAGCCAUCAAUGACGUGGAGGACGUCAGCAAGCAGAUGGCCUGCGUGAAGGUGGCGUUCUCUUCCGGAGGGAACUUCGCGGCCUUCCUCCUCCAAGGAGCCGGAGACACUUGGCUGGACGUGUACAAGCUGCCCCGGGAGUCUUGGCUCAAGGAGGCCGAACACACUCAGCAGGCCGCGAAUCCCAGGACAGUCGUCAGACAGCUGCUGGUGGACACAGUGGACCCGCUGACACCAGAUGAUUUAGAAAUGGAAGCAGACAUUUAUUUUCGAGGUGACAGUAAGUUGACUCUGCCGGUUCACAUCAUGAAGAUCAAACCCCCCAAACCAAUCACAGGCACCACGUUUAAAAGCCCCCUGGAGGUCUUCGCGAAGGUGGAGGACUGCUGUGGGCUGGGCUCCGGGCAGAACCACUUCAUCAAGGACAGCCAGUGGGAGCGGCGGGCCAACGUCUUCAACGCCACCUACAAGAAGCACCUGGAAGGCGAGUGGGAGGAGGAGCCGCUCAGCGUGGCCACCGUCCACUUCCUCCUCCCCAGCUGCCUGACUGCGGUGCUGGCGGACGCCCAGAGCCCCGCAGGGGUAGCCUGCACCCUGGGCGUGCACUGGACCAGAAGCCACAACUUCUUCCUCUACCCUCUGAACCGCACACUCAAGGAUAAAGUCGAACCGGAGGGCGUGUGGCCCUGCGCCGCGCCCAUCGCCACCUCCCAGCUCAGCCCCUGUUGCACCUACCUGGUGCUGGCCUGCGAAGACGGGGUGCUCACGCUGUGGGACCUGGCCAAAGGAUCACCUCUCGGGGUCGUCGCGCUGCCAGAGGGGUGUUUCUGCCAGAGCAUUCACUUCAUGAGAUACUUCUUGGUGCACAAAGGACGCAACACAUACCCCGACAGGCCAGUGACGUCCCGGAUGAAGUGUGUGGUGCUGGGCACAGACGCCUCCCUCCACCUGGUGGCGGCCCAGGGGGCCCAGGGGCCCACCAUCCACAGGCUGGUGCACAGGCCCGAGAGGCACCCCGAUGAUGCCAUCUGCGCCGUCGCCCCAGUCCCAGCCCUGCCCGGCAUGGUGCUGACCUUUUCCAAGAACGGCUCCCUGCAGCUCCUGGACGUGGCCAGGUCCCAGGUGGUCUGUGCCUUUGGUCUCCCCAGGCCCUGCCCGCUGGCGACCCCCUGGAAGCCGGUGUUCGUCGUGUCUUCACACCACCCAUGCUUCCUGCUCCGAGGCCACCAUCCGGAUGAAAUCAAGACCGUCGAGGCCAGCAACUUCCAAAAUUCUCUUUUCUAUUUUAAUUUCGAGGCCUACCCACUCCUGGAAAACACAAGAUAUUGCACCAUGUCUCAGGCUGAGACCGACGCGGCCUUCCCCCCGGUCCUGUCCUUGGAGAAGAGGUGUGAGAGUUUCCUCCAGCAGAGGUUUGAGCAGCUGGAGAAGAACAAGGCGGAAGAGCAGGUGCACUGGUCACGGCUUCGGAAGUUCUCCAUCUUCCUCCAAAGAGAAAACUUCAAGAAGUGACCAAGCCACUGCCCUGGACUCUUGGGAAAAGGCUCAGGCACGGCAGGCUCAGCCCUAGACGCCCUGUCGCGAGACACCCAGUGACAACGGCUGCAGCUCCAGAGGCCCUGGGCCUGGGCUUGCCCUCCGGGUCUGCCACAGGGCCAAGGGCACAGGUAUCAUCGGGGAGCUUUCGACCUCUAACCUGCCUGUCCCCCGCAUUAAACGGCCCUGUUU